UAACGCGCGCCGCCGUGUGUUCAAAAAGGUGGAUUCAUCUGUGCUGUCAACAUAAUGCACGUUUAUGGGAGAUUUUUUAAAAUAAAUAAUUGGUAACUAUGCCCAAAAGUCUGAAAAAGUCGUGUACCACCCAGACGUCCAUUAGCAGGUACUUCGGGGGAUUGAGUAGCAGUAGUGUGCCAAAAACACAAGCUAAUUCUAAUCCUCCAAGAGGCAAGAAGCGUGCCUCCCACCAUCAUUCUGACUCACCUUCCAAACAAGCAAGGCUCUCCUUUCAGGUUCAAGAGGAUGGAGACAUUGACACAGAUUCCACUCAGAGCUCUACAGACUCAAAGAGUCGAGGGCUGGGUGGUUUGUGCCGGUCCACUUUGGAGACGCUGAAAGGCUUCACAUGCACGGCUGAUACUCAAGACAGCUGUGAUGUUGAAGUUAAGGAGGCAAGCGGUGGAAUCCAUGACGUUUGUCCUACAAUUGGCAAUGGUCAACCUAGCGACAAGAGCAAAAUCAAAGAUGAGGACAGUUCAAAGCAGAUGUUGUCCUUCUCUCAGUUUGCCAAGCCAGUUGACAAAAGAGGGGCUGCUGGAAAAAGGGCCACAGAGCUCAGUCCCCCUUCAGAUGGUGGUGGCGCCGCCUCAAGACGCACCAAGAGUGUUUACACACCUCUGGAGCAACAGGUGAUCCAGCUGAAACAGCAGCACAAGAAUGCCUUGUUGGCUGUGGAGUGUGGCUACAAGUACAGGUUUUUUGGAGACGAUGCUGAGAUUGCAGCAAAGGAGUUGAACAUCACCUGUCAUCUGGACCAUAACUUCAUGACCUGCAGCAUCCCUACACACCGUUUGUUUGUUCACGUCCGACGACUGGUGUCCCAUGGCCACAAGGUGGGUGUUGUCAAGCAGACUGAGACGUCCGCCAUCAAAGCGUCAGGGGCCAAUAAGAAUGCUCUAUUCACUCGGCAGCUCAGUGCGCUGUACACCAAGUCCACACUUGUGGGGGAGGCAUUAUCCUCAACAGCCUCUCGAGAUGUAAACCCAGUCUGCAGACUGGAUGAUCAUGAGGAGGGUGGUGGUCAUGAUGCAGUGUUGGAACCUCCUGACAGCUUCCUGUUGUGUGUCAGUGAGAACUGGAACACAUUGAAGAAGCAGCUCACUGUGGGAUUAGUGGCAGUUCAGCCCAUCACGGGAGAUGUCCUGCUGGACUCUUUCAUCGAUGGUCAGUCUCGCUCAGAACUUGAAAGCCGUGUCUUGAAGAUCAACCCUGUGGAGAUCCUGGUGCCCUCGGACCUCUCAGAGCCAACUCACAGACUCUUGCAGAGCAUCAGUAAUGCCAGUGCAAAGGCUGACGACAAAGUGCGAGUUGAGAAGAGGGACAGCGCCUGCUUUGAGUUUGCCUCUGCAAUGAACACAGUCACUGAAUUCUAUUGCCACAACCAGGUUGAAGGCUGUCACUCUCUAUCCAGUGUGGUGUCCCUGGAAAGCCCAGUAAUCUGCUGUUUGGGACCCCUCAUCCAGUACCUUCAAGAGUUUAGCUUGGAGAGAGUGCUUAGGAGUGAAAGCUCCUUCCAGCGUCUGAGUUGUGAGUCGGAGGGAAUGAUACUCAAUGCAGCCACCCUGAAAAAUUUAGAAAUCCUCAACAAUCAGACAGAUGGGGAUGUCAGGGGCAGUCUGCUGUGGGUGUUGGAUCACACUCUUUCUCCGUUUGGGAGGAGAUUGAUGAGGAAGUGGGUGACCCAGCCGCUCACAAACAUACGGUCUAUCCUGGAGAGGCAGGAUGCAGUGCAGGAGAUCCUUGAUUCUGACUCCCAAACAUUAAAUUCCACAAAAUCCCUGCUGACCCAUUUGCCUGAUCUGGAGAGAGGACUUUGCUGCAUAUACAACAAAAAGUCCUCAACACAGGAGUUUUACCUCAUCAUUAGCAGCCUUUGUCGUUUGGCUCGGCAACUGCAGGCACUGCUGCCAGCUAUCAGAGCACAGAUAACCUCUGAGCUAAUUCAAGGACUCCUGGUGGACGUCCCGGACCUGUUGGAGCCAGCCCAUGACUUCCUGAACGUGCUUAAUGAAAAAGCGGCCAAGUGUGGGAAUAAAACUGAGCUGUUCUCAGAUCUGUCCAGCUUCCCAGUGCUGCAGGAUAGAAAAGAUCAGAUCCGAAAUGUUUUAGAGGAGAUUCAGAACCAUCGCGAAUACAUCAGACUGGCACUCAAGGCCCCCACCAUGGACUACACCACUGUGUCGGGACUGGAGUUCCUGAUUGAGGUGAAGAACUCACAGUCAUCCAUCGUUCCUCAUGACUGGGUCAAAAUCAACAGCACCAAAACAGUCAGUAGGUAUCAUUCUCCAUUUCUAGUGGAGCGCCUCAUGAAGCUGCUGCAGCUCCGAGAACAGCUGCUGCUGGACUGCCAGAAGGAGUGGACCACAUUUAUGGAUGAGUUUGGGGAGCACUAUCACACCAUGAAAAGGGCUAUUAGUCACCUAGCAACCAUGGACUGUCUUUUCUCAUUGGCUGAGGUGGCCAAACAAGGGGACUAUUGCAGGCCAGAGGUGUGCGACAGUGAACGUCAGAUUGUCAUCAGGGAUGGCAGGCACCCAGCUAUAGACCUACUAAUGGGACAGCACAGUCAGUUUGUGCCAAACUGUACACAACUGCAGGGUGAUGGAAAGAGAACAAUGAUCAUCACAGGUCCAAACAUGGGCGGGAAGAGCUCCUAUAUUCGCCAGGUGGCUCUCAUCUGUGUAAUGGCACAGAUGGGCUCCUACGUGCCAAGUUCUGAGGCCCGUCUGGGCAUUUUGGACGGCAUUUAUACCAGACUUGGAUUCAAAACCUUAUUUUUUUUAAGCUAAAUACACGGAGGAUGAACUGCUGGCUUAGCGAGCAAGAAGAGAGGGUGAAAUGUGGGAGCAGAUGGAAACCAAGAGAGUCUUAACUGUGUAAAUGUGGUGCUUGGAUCCAGGCUAUGUUGACAGAAAUGGAGUGCUUGCUCAAAUUUAACUGUGAAGACACGUCCCCGGUCAGCUUGACCAAACAACUGUUCAUUGAGUAAGUCGCUAUGCAGCAUGUCGUGCUUGUUAUUACAACUACAUACAUUGUUAGUUGUGUAAAAACAAAAAAUGAAAAGUGGGCUAAUAUUUUACAGAUACUGUAUUAUGAUUGUAACGGUAAGGCAGAGGAUAGCAAGGCAAUGAGUUACAAUAACAAUGUCGCUGCAGCUUGGUUAUCAUACAGUUUACUGAACGUAAAUUAAGUAUUGUUGGCGGUUUUUGGAUGCAUUUGUGAUUUAGAGGAAGGAUGGAUUGCUCCAAUUAGCUGCUUUGCUAGGCACCUAAAACGAGCCAAUCAUUACAAGUUAGAACGCAACAAAAAAACAAACAAACGUGUCUAUCAUAAGGAUUGUGAACGGCAAAACUCCAAAAAAACGUGUAGUCAUUUGUUCUAUUUGGAACACAAAUAGAACGAAUGACUGGAGUGCUCCCUUAAUUCCUCCCUCCUGACUUGAAUAAUAAUAAUAAUGUUAUUAAUAUUGAUUAGUAUUUCCAUGUAUAAAUAUAUAAGUACCUCAAUGCUACUGCUAAUAAUAUCAAGAAAGGCUAAGUGUCCCUAAUGAAAUGCCUGGUAAGUGUUCGCAACAAGAAGGAAAAUGACAGUAUUUCUCUGGCCAUUGAUAGACAGUUGCUAUGGUGACACUGAAGCGCUGUUAUUUCCUAUUAGAGUAAUUGCAUGUGACGAGUCUGUCUGACAACCUGAAGAGCAACAAAAAAAAAGGAAAAAAGGAUAAACUGUCUCCUAGUAUCAUCAUGUGAAGUGUAUUUUUAGGAGUGACUCUCAGGCUAAUCCGUGGUAAUCUCAUCGUGUCCUUUACCACACGGGAGAUGAACCGUGGUGCAGCGGCAUGGGAGCCCUCACAUAAUACAAUACAUGCGCGUCUUCAUGGAGGAGAUCCUUGAAGUCUAUUAAGCAUUAUUUCCACUUUCCACUCCCAACUAUACAAUAUACAAUAUUCUGCCUGUGUUUGUGGUUGUGCUGCACUCUGCUGCACUCUGUACUUCGACACAAUGUCUUGCAGAUGUGCGUAAUAGUCCCUUUUUGUGGGUUUAAACAUGUUCUUCUGAGUUAACUCAGUGGGAGCCAAAACCCUGUCAGCAUACCGGGAGCGUGCAUACGUGUGUUUCUGUGUAUUUCUGUGUGUGUGUGCGUGCAUUUUGCACUUACAUUUUUUACCUAAGAAGAAUGAGGUUCCCUUUGAUGUAAACAGGACUGUGAUCAACUUUUAUUGUCAUAAGCAAUGCAAACUCACCCUUAGGUAACACUUUUUGCCCAAUAAAAGACAACAACAAAAAAAACAACCACCUGACUCAGUUUUUCCAAUUGGGGAAAAAACUGCACUUCAAGAUGUUAUAUAUUAAUUGAAAUGCAAUUUUUGCAAAAAAAUAUUGAGAGUCAAUUUUUUAUUUAUGUUUUUUUACCUAUUUAGGAUAAUUAAGUUAUUACCCUUCCAAUUACAAUGGUAACAAAUACUACAGUA